AUGUUACGCUAUAUAUGGCAUAAAGUGCUCUUAUGCGACAAUAAAAGCGAUUUAUCAGAUUUCAUUAAAGAUCAACAUGUUUGUGUCUACCGAAAGGAAACAUUUAAUACGGCACAUCAAUUACAUAUAAAUGUUCAGAAAACAAAAAAGUACCCACUCUGUCAGUUUCAACUGAAAGCAAAAGAAAGUUCAGAUGGAUAUCAAGUCUAUUCGUCAAAAGCACAUAAUCAUCAUACACGUGGUCAGACAAGUCAUCUUCCAUCGCCUGUUCAAGAUAACAUCGUACUAAUGACAAAUACCGGUUCAACAUCCCGACAAAUUCGGAAGCCAUGGUUCUCCGUUCAAGCAUGUAAAAUGUAUCGGGUAUCACCCGAUGUAGGUAGAUAUACUGUAUGGGGUACGGUAAAUUAUGUUUUAAUCCACUUUUCGAUCGGAACUUUGCAAGUUUUUCAUUAGUUUCAAAAAACAGCUAAUUAGACUUAAUUAAUAAUUUUCAGAUACUGGACGAAUUUUACUCCUCUUUCUGAAACACAUUUUCUGGAACAGUAUGCAAUUCUCUACAAAAUUAAAUUAGUUUUAACCUUUAAUAACAUGUUUAGAGCCCCGAAUAACGAGUUUUUCUCCAUAUCUUUCUCUUCUUUUUUCUCCAUCUUUCCUAGGCAAAGUAGUGCUUUCUAUCAAAACUAAGACUUAUAAUGCGCAUUAUUUACCGUUAAACAAUUACUGAGAAAGUUCUUAAAGCAGGGAAGUCGAUAGAGUUUUUGUACGGGCUAAUUUUCAUCUAUCUGGUUUUCAAGAAAACAUUUGUUUACACACUCUAGUAAGAAAUGAAGAAAACCAGUACGUUGCAAGAGCUUUUUUAGCGACAUUUGGUAUCGUGCCUUUUUCUUCCUCAAAGUUUCCUAUAUUUUUUGAAGUUCAGACUUUGCUCUUUCAAUCAGAAAACGAAUGAACUUUGUACAAUGUUCCUGACCGGAGAACCAUAGACAGCGAUUUCGGCAAUUACUUUUGCACUGCAGAUGAACUAAUUAUUCCGAGAGCUUUUUUGCAUAAAUAGAUAAAUUAAUUUUUUCAGGACAUUUUCUGCAGAAUAAAAAAUAAGGAAAAGCUUCCGAGAUCUUCUGAGACCCAUUCGGUUUCAUUGCAGUCACAAGUGGAGCGUUUUGUAGAAAACAACCUUGGUCUGAUUAUUGUUCGUAAGUAUCUUUCUUUUCUUUUUCUCCAACGGUGAAGCAGAUUUCCCUUCGCUGCUUUUUGUUGUCUUUCGUAGAAAUGGCAGACAUAGCUGAAAUGUGUCGAGAUUUAUCCUGUAGCAGGUGUCCUUUAGGUCAUCAGAUAAAAGUUGACUCUGGUGAAAUCAAAGUUGGUCAGGUAUUUUAUACAGUCGAUCUUCGAGAUGAGACUGCAUGUACAGGGUGGCACAUAACCUUUGCCUCCCCCUCCAUAACCUAAAGUAUCAAUGAUAUCACAAAUGUAUUUUAUAUCAAACUAAAGCGCGUCAAAAACUGGAUUUAUUGGUACUAAAUACUGAAG